GUAAUGCGUCAGUGCUGGUCUGGCUGGGCUCAGAACCAGUUGUGUUCCCCGCGACGUCUGUCCUGUUCUUCAGCCAAGUGACAAAGUGGCGUGCGCGCAUUGCUCUCCAUGCUGGUUUCUACGCGAGGAUACAUUUACUCAAGAAGACAGUGGGGGAUAUAUGACAGUUUUUUUUAUUUCGCGUGUUUGUGUGUGUCUUUGACGAGAAUUCACGAGAACCGCAAGAGUAAAGAAACAGCUUAUCAUCUGUAUCUCGGCCAGAAACCUGAGAGCAGAGGAGGGAUUGCAAUGGCAUUGUGUGCCAGAACAUGUGUGACAGCUGUGUAUAUGUUCCUGAUGGCGGUCCUUCCUUCGAGAGCCGCGGCUGCCAAGGCUCUGCCGCCGUGGGAGUUUCACCAGUGCCACCUCCCGAGCGACCCCCUGCUGCACCCCGUGGCCCCCUACCAGCGCAAGAUCAUCAACCUGAACCGCAUGUACGACGUGUCGCACACCUUCAGGCUGGUCUACUACGGCUCCAACUACAACAGCGGCUGCGAGCUGCGGUCCGGCGUGCUCUACUACGUCCAGCGCCACAACAAAACCACUUUCACCUACAACCACCUGGAGGACGGCAGGGGAGUCACCUCGCUGUGCCCCGGCCAGAGACUAUGGCUGGGGUCCGAGUCCUACGGGUUCGUCUCCUGCGGGGAAGAGCACCAGGCGACGGCAGCAGCUUGGACGUGGUGGUCGGAGGUCCCGCUGUCGUACAUGUCCAUCAUCGCCAUCAGCGUCGCCUGCGCCUUCACCUUCGUCACCUUCGUGGCCGUCAUCGUGUGCCUGCUUCGGCGACGGCACGUGAAGGGCAAGGCCAGCCUCCCUCAGGUGGAUAUGUACUGAGCCCUUCGAGCGAGAUUCACGGCAAGGAUUGUGAGCGUUGGAGGCGAAGGCGAGGGGGAAGGAUUCUUAGAGGGACCGAAGACGAGGCUCAAGUAUUCAAGAGGAGGCGAAGGAAGGGCCAAGAAUCCUGGGAGGAAGUAGGAGGCGAGGAUCAGGUUCGAGGUUUCCGAGAGAAGAAACAAGACAAGCCUUAUGGAUUCGAAGACAAAAGAAAAUGCAACACGAUUCUAAGGAGGCUAAGACAACGCGCCACAAAAGCUGCUUUGGGAGCAGUGCCAGAAGACGCUGUGGACGGGCCAAGCGCUUGCACAGGUGUACAUAAUUUCGUCGUGCAGUGACGGUGCAGUGACGGCGACUGACGUGCGAGGGUAGUCUGCGCCCGUGCAUUUCUUCUUGCUUCCGCGCGUGGUGCUCUGAUUCGCUGACUCCCAUGGCGUCCAGUGCAAGAAAGAAGCGCCACAUGAAAAGUUGUGAUAUAAAGUGAUAUUCCAUUAUUGUUAUUAUUCUUGUUCAUUAUCAUUAUUCUCCCUCAUCCUUUUUGUACAUUACAUAUGCUCUUCCUUUAUGUGUUAUUCUGUAUUACCAUAAUUUAUUUAAUAAAUUCAAAGAAAUGC